GACGACCACUCCAUGUUUUUCCAGUUUGGCCCUUCCAUUGAGCAGCAGGCAUCCGUCAUGUUGAACAUCAUGGAGGAGUACGACUGGUACAUCUUCUCUAUCGUCACCUCAUACUACCCUGGUUACCAGGACUUUGUCAACAAGAUUCGCAGCACCAUUGAGAACAGCUUCGUGGGCUGGGAGCUAGAAGAAGUCCUCCUGCUGGACAUGUCUGUGGACGAUCAUAAUCAUGGAGACUCCAAGAUCCAGAACCAGAUGAAGAAACUGCAGAGUCCUGUGAUUCUCCUCUACUGCACCAAGGAGGAGGCGAACACAAUUUUUGAAGUGGCCCACUCUGUGGGACUCACGGGUUACGGCUACACCUGGAUUGUACCCUCACUGGUGGCCGGUGAUGCAGACCACCCCCCAACUGUCUUCCCUAUAGGGCUUAUCUCUGUGUCAUAUGACGAAUGGGACUACAACAUCGAGGCCAGGGUGCGUGAUGCAGUGAACGUCAUUGCCACAGCCAUCUCGACCAUGAAGGUGGACCGAGUGCUACAAGGCCUGCCUAAGUCAAGCUGCCUCGGGACACCUGACAAAAAAGUCUCCAGCACGGGAUACUCCAAGGAAAUCUUGAAGUAUGUUAUGAAUGUGACAUUUGAGGGUCGGAACCUGUCAUUCAGUGAAAAAGGCCACCAGAUGUUCCCCAAGCUGGUCAUCAUACUUCUGGACAAGGACCGACAGUGGGACAGGGUUGGAAAGUGGGAGCGAGGCUCUCUGACCAUGAGGUACCACGUGUGGCCUCGCUUCGAGCUGUACUCAGACGUGGAGGAGCGAGACGACCACCUGUCCAUCGUGACUCUGGAGGAGGCGCCGUUCGUCAUCGUGGAAGACGUGGACCCCCUCAGUGGUACCUGCAUGAGGAACACAGUGCCGUGUCGCAAGCAGCUAAAACUCAGCAAUCACACGGGUGAUUCGGGAAUUUAUAUCAAGCGCUGCUGCAAAGGUUUCUGCAUCGACAUCCUGAAGAAGAUCGCCAAGACGGUCAAGUUCACCUACGACCUGUACUUGGUCACCAACGGCAAGCACGGCAAGAAGGUGAACGGGACUUGGAACGGCAUGGUUGGAGAGGUGGUGGCCAAGAAUGCCCACAUGGCAGUGGGUUCGCUCACCAUCAACGAGGAGAGGUCAGAGGUCAUCGACUUCUCUGUGCCUUUCAUCGAGACGGGGAUCAGCGUCAUGGUGUCCCGGAGUAACGGAACCGUCUCCCCUUCGGCCUUUUUAGAGCCCUUCAGCGCUGACGUCUGGGUCAUGAUGUUCGUGAUGCUGCUCAUCGUGUCGGCCGUAGCCGUCUUCGUGUUCGAGUACUUCAGCCCGGUGGGUUACAACCGCUGUCUGGCAGAUGGACGAGAGCCUGGCGGUCCCUCCUUCACCAUCGGCAAGGCCAUCUGGCUGCUGUGGGGCCUGGUUUUCAACAACUCCGUUCCUGUUCAGAACCCUAAAGGCACCACCAGUAAGAUCAUGGUGUCAGUGUGGGCCUUCUUUGCUGUCAUCUUCCUGGCCUCCUACACUGCCAACUUGGCUGCCUUCAUGAUCCAGGAGGAGUACGUGGACCAGGUGUCGGGCUUGUCAGACAAAAAGUUUCAGAAGCCCAACGAGUUCUCGCCGCCUUUCCGGUUUGGCACCGUGCCCAACGGAAGCACAGAACGCAACAUCCGCAACAACUACAGGGACAUGCACGCCUACAUGACCAGCUUCCACCAGAAGAAUGUAGAUGAGGCCUUGUACAGCCUGAAGACCGGAAAACUAGAUGCCUUUAUCUACGACGCGGCAGUGCUGAACUACAUGGCCGGCAGAGAUGAGGGCUGUAAACUUGUGACCAUCGGCAGCGGCAAAGUCUUCGCCUCCACCGGCUACGGCAUCGCCAUCCAAAAGGACUCGGGCUGGAAACGAGCCGUGGAUCUGGCCAUUCUGAUGCUGUUUGGAGAUGGUGAGAUGGAGGAGUUGGAGGCCCUGUGGCUGACGGGCAUCUGCCACAACGAGAAGAAUGAGGUGAUGAGCAGCCAGCUGGAUGUGGACAACAUGGCGGGGGUCUUCUACAUGCUCGGGGCUGCCAUGGUUCUGUCACUGAUCACUUUCAUCUGCGAACAUUUGUUCUACUGGCAGCUGCGCUUCUGCUUCAUGGGAGUGUGUUCGGGGACACCCGGGUUGACCUUCUCCAUCAGCAGAGGUAUCUACAGCUGCAUCCACGGGGUACAGAUCGAGGAAAACAAGUCAACUGCUGACUCGCCCUCCUCCACCAUUAAGAAAAACAUGAACAACACCCACUCCAACAUCCUGAGGUUGCUCCGCACUGCCAAAGACAUGACUGCGGUCCCGGGCAUUAACGGCUCUCCGCACCCAGCCCUGGAGUACAGCCACAGCGGCCGUGAGUCGGGCAUCUAUGAUAUCCAGGAGCACCGACGCAGCCUGGUAGGCCACCCUGUAGAUUGUACACCUGCACCACCCUACAUGCCUGAGGACAACAUGUUCAGUGACUACAUCAGUGAGGUGGAGAGGACUUUUGGCAACUUGCCCCUGAAGGACAGCAACCUGUACCAGGACCAUUAUCGGCACCACCACCCGGCCUCAGCUCUGGGUAUGUCCGGCCCACCGCCUAACAGGCCACGUAGCUUAGGCAGUGCUAGCUCGCUGGAGGGGGGCAUGUUUGAUGGUGACAGUUUAGGGGGAGGGGUAGCGCCCAUCUUCACCACCCAGCCCCGCCCCUCCAUGACUCACAGGAAUACAAGUAAAUUUGACCUGAUUGCUGGCCACGCCCCUGCUGAUUCCAGUCAGGGUGGGUUCAAAGGAAGCAAUGUGUACGGCAGGUUUUCGUUCAAAGGAGGCGCCUCCAGCACGGGGCUCAUCAGUGGGCACGACAGGUACUGUGGUGGGGGAGGAUCAGGGGGCGACGAUGGGAACAUUCGUUCGGACGUGUCGGAUAUCUCAACGCACACGGUCACCUACGGAAACCUGGAGGGCAACAUCAAAAGACGUAAGCAGUACAGGGACAGCCUGAAAAAGAGGCCAGCCUCCGCCAAGUGCAGGCGGGAGCAGGACGAGAUAGAGCUGAACGCCUUCAGGAAGAGACCCCACCACCACACUGUCCACCACCACUUCCCCCACGGGCCUCUGGCACACCGCCCGGUCUCACCUCCCCUGGAGCGGAAGAGGGGAGGAGGAGCGGGUAAUUCUUCACCUUACUUAUUCCGCAAAGACAGAGACAGCCUGAGGGAUUUCUAUGCGGAGCAGUUCCGUUCCAUGGAGGGCAAGGCCAAGUGGGAGCAAGAGGGUGGAAGUGGAGGAAGCGGUGUGGGCGGUGGUAGUGGUGGUGGUAUCUGUAAAAGCUUAGUACCUGUGGAAGACUUCCUCAAAGGUAAAGGGAAGAAGCCCGAGUGCAAGGGUGGGCUUGGUGCAAAAUCGGCAGGGCAGCAAGCCCACACCUGCUGGGAAAAGGGGGGUUCGGGACUGGGAGGGGGAGGUAUAGCCGGGGGUGAUUGGGAGUGUCGUAACUGCCACAGUGUGUGCCACCACAGUGGAAGUGUAGGAGGAGGCAGCACGUGUCCGGCUAGCGGAGUUGGGGGGAGCAGCAGUCGCCCCAGCUCGGCUACGUGCAAACGCUGCGACUCCUGUAAGGUUCAGCCCAGCAACCUGUACAACAUCAGUGAGGAUAACAACAUGAUGUUCAGUGGGAGCAAAGGCAACCUAGGGCCCAGUCAGACACAGACUCAGCGCAGGAAGCUAGGGCCGGGAGGGAAGGUGUUACGGAGGCAGCACUCCUAUGACACAUUUGUAGACCUGCAGAGAGAAGGAGCGGGCCGCAUGGGUGGGGUUGGCGUUGGGGGACAGUUUCCCCAACCCCGUAGUGUGAGUUUGAAAGACAAAGACCGCUAUAUGGAAGGUCCCAGCCCCUAUGCUCACAUGUUUGAGAGGUACUCAGGUGACAGAGAUUCUCCUAUGUUCGGAGGAGUAGGAGGCGAUAGGGUGGCAGCAGGCUCCUCUUUCAGUUUGUACUGUGGAGGCGAGGGUGGGUUUCACCGGCGCUCAGUGGGAGAAAGAGACCUGAGGGACAGGGAUAGAACUAUGAUGGGAGGAGGGGGCAGUGGUGGUGGUGGUGGUAGCAGAGGGGCUGGGACUUACUCCUUGUCUAAAUCUCUCUACCCAGAUAAGGUGAACCAGAACCCCUUCAUCCCAACCUUCGGCGAUGACCAGUGUCUAUUACACGGUGCCAAACCGUACUACAUCAAAAAGCCACAGACGCAGCAGCAGCAACAGCAGCAACUUCUCAACAACAGCCGAGGAGGAGGGGACUUCCGCGGCUCCAUGGGAGCGACUUCUUAUUUGCCCGCUUCUGCCACAGCCGGAGUGAUGUCCAAUGUGGGCACCAGGUACCCCAAAGAGCUGUGUCUGGGUGGGGUGGGAGGGCCCAUGGGAAACCACCACGGGGCCAACAAACUGUUACCCGGAGGCAGGGACACGUUAGGUCUGGGUCAGGGACAGAGACCCUUCAACGGUGCCAGCAACGGACAUGUUUAUGAAAAGCUCUCCAGCAUCGAGUCAGACGUCUGAGAGUGAAGACAGAGGAAGGAAGGUGGAGGGAGAAGGUGAAGCACGUGAAGAACAGAAAGGGAGGGAGCACAGAGUGUGAGGAGGCAGGACAGUGUGUGUUGUUCUCUGUUCACUAGAAGCAAAGAGGGGCCCCCUGCCACGCACGGGGGGCUAAAGUUCAGAGUGAGACAAGUUUUUAAUGAGAAGAGAGGAUUCUGGUGCUGCUCCAACGCUUUGGAGAUCUAAAGGGGGAGCGUGUCGGAGGGAGUGGGAAAAGGUGAAAUCAGUUCUCCAGACUCUGCUCUCUUCACAUGCUCGUCGUCUUUCCCUCCGUCCCGCAGUUCAACACCAAAACAAACAUUUCAGAUUUACAAUCAUGAAUGAAAAAUCUACACUUCUGCUGAAGUAACAGGGUAAACUAACAAUAACUGUAUUGACGAUGUUUAUAUUAUUAUUGACUAUUAUUCCGGUGUUUAUUGAUGAUGAUGAGUUUUGUUUGUUUUACAAUUACAUUAAUUUAAAUAGUUCAUGUUACAGAUUUAUAUGAUGUUAUUCUUUCUCAGCUCACCAACAGUACAGGAGCCCAGUGGACCGGCUCGACUGACGGUACAGAUCUUUGUUGGGCUCCUGUAUUUUGGA